AUGCCCCCCAUUCGCUCAUCUGAGUGGACCACUGCUACCAAAGCAGCACAGCACACAGAGCUAAGGCACUGCGUGAGGCACACAAUGAGUGAAAGAAAGCAAAGUGCAUUGAAAAAUGUAUUAAGCAAGCCGAGGAAACACCCCCCUCCAGGUGAAAUCUGUAACUUCACCAAGACUGAUCCAGUCCAGAAGAAGGUCGAUGUAUACCACGUUGAGCUACACACCACUAUUGAGCACCUCAAAGCCUACUACGAUUCCUUCGACAAGCAUCAUCAUCAUAUUAAAGGCGACGACAAGGAGCUACUUAUCUGGCUCGCUGUGACACUCAAUCGCAUCAAUAUGAAUCUCAAUUCAUACAUGAAGGAAUACAUGGAUGAACAGUGGAAGAGAUUGAACUGGAGGUUACAAGUGAUUGGAAAGGUCAAAUUCACAGGCCUUCAAGCGAACUACCUUACUAUUUCGCACCAGCUCGCUGAGAUCAUUUGA